AGACUCACCUCCUCCUGUCAGUCCCCAGGUGGAGGAGGAGCAGCCAUGUCAGUUGACCUGAGCGUCCUGCAGAGCGGCGGAGGAGCAGAGGGGGGGGCGCUGGAGACUCUGGAGAAACAGCUGAUCUGUCCCCUCUGUCUGGAGCUGUUCACCAAGCCAGUGGUGAUUCUGCCCUGUCAGCACAACCUGUGCAGGAAGUGUGCCAACGAGCUGUACCAGCCCUCACUGUUCCAGGCUCGAACCACCAUGACGGUGAACAGCGGUCGAUUCCGGUGUCCGUCCUGCAGACACGAGGUGGUGCUGGAUCGCCACGGCGUCUACAGCCUCCAGAGGAACCUGCUGGUGGAGAACAUCAUCGACAUCUACACACAGGAAGUCAGCAGCAGCUCCAGCAACACCACGAGUGCCCCCCCGCCUCCUGCACCUCCUGCACCUCCUGCGCCUCCUUCUCAGCUGACGUGCUCGGAGCACGAGGGCGAGAAGCUGAACAUCUACUGUCUCAGCUGCCGGGUUCCAACCUGCUCCCUCUGCAAAGUGUUCGGUGCUCAUGGGUCGUGUCAGGUGGCUCCUCUGACCGACGUCUACCAGCAGCACAAGGACGAGCUGAGUGAAGGAGUCAGUUCUCUGGAGACGCUGAAGGACCGAGUCCGGGCUCUGAUCCACGAGCUGGAGGAGACGAGCAGGAACAUCGAGCUGAACAGUUCGGCUCAGAGACAAAGUGUCUGUGACGGGUUCGACCGGAUGAAGUGCAUCCUGGGAGAGAGACACAAGGCCAUGACUCAGCGAAUCAGCUCGGAGCAGGAGGAGAAGACAGGCCACGCCCAGGCUCUGGUGAGAUGCUAUGGGGACAGCGUGGAGGCCAAUGCCCGACUGAUGGAGCGAGCAGCGAGCGGAUUGGACGAGCCGGACCAGGCUGCCUUCGUCCAGAAUUCCAGAGCGCUCAUCACAGAGGUGAAGACAGCCACCUGCUCCUGUCCGAUCGAGACCCUGAAGCCCGGUUACGAGAAUCUGAGUCCGUACGAAUAUAACUUCCUCCGACAGGAGCGAGCUCUGAGGAGCAUCGACUUCAUGAGAGCUGUGGAGGAUGCUCCUGAAGAACCAGAUGUGGAACCAGAGGAACCCAGAGAACAUCCUGAACUAAAGCAGCAUCAGGAGCCGUCCGUCCAGAACCUGGAAUCUGGAGCAGAAGAAGUUAAAGAGACGACAUCAGCACCAGAGGAACCAGCUCCAGAUCCAGAGCUGCUGAGAGGCCGUGAGGAACCUGCAGGGGGCGACCUGCAGCCGCAGCCUGACCAGGCUGAAGAGAACGAUGGAGAAUCAGGUCUGAUCAACAAGAAGGAGGAGGAGGAGGAGGAGGAGCGAGACGAGGGAGGUGCAGCUCCUGACUCCAUUAAAGACACAACCAUCUGUGAAGAGGAGGGAAUGAGCACACAACAGGCUGUCACCCUGCUCUUCUACCUGUUGGCCUUCCUGCUCAUCCUUCAGAACAUGUGGGCGUACAUCGGCUGCUUCAUUUGCACAUAACCUCAGCAGGACGCCAUCGCUGCUCAGGUACACGUGCACCUUCCUGCUGCACCAGGAAGUCAGCGUCCGGCCCUUUAUUCUGAAAGGGCUCCGUGUCUCUUCUUAAAAUUUGCUUCUCAUUAAUUAUAAUAACAUUAAUAAUAAUAACAAUAACUUGCAUCAUUUGUAUUUUGACUUGAAUUAAACUGAAUUUCUCCAAUGAAAACUGAACUUGUUCAGUGCAGAUUCAUCUCUAUCAGCAGCCUCUGCUGACACCCUGUGGUGAAACUGUGUUACUACAGUUCAGUCAUUUACAACUCGAGCAUCACUCAGCUGAACUCAAACCUCAUAAACAGAAAGUUUCAUGAAUUCAGAUUCACUAGAUACAGAUUUUUAUUUGGAUCUGCAAAAAAGUCACAGGCUCCGAGGUGAGGCAAUUUAUUUAUAAAGAACCGUCACACAGAUGGAGACAAGCAAAACUAGAGAUGAAAGUGCAUAAAAUAUAUAUAAAUCUGUAUCAAUAUCUAAAAUAAAAAAAACAUGUGCUUUGUUCCAGAUGGAGGAUGAGACCAGGAGUCCUGCUGAGACCAGCCCUCCCUCCCCUGAGAGAGAGAGAGAGAGAGAGAGAGAGAGAGAGAGAGAGAGAGAGA